GAGGAGCAUGUGAAUGAGACGAAUGCUACAGAAUUUCAUGAGCCGUUUGACAAUUCCUUCUCAGAUGAGCACCUACCUCAGGUUGAACACCUCAUGGAGAGGCACAUGUGUGCUGACUGUGGUAAAACAUUUACUGAUAUUGCAGGAAUCAAGUCACACAUUUGUCCCCUCCUGAAUCAGCAGUAUCAGACCAUGAUGAAUGGCUCACCCGGUCACAUGGACUUUCACAACACAAAGCAUCAACAUUUCUUAGGAGAGUCAGGGGAAGAUGUUGGUUUUGAGGGACACAACGCUAGUGCAGCAGAGGCCUAUUUUAGACAGCAGACCUUUCAUGACAACGUUCAUGGUGAGAUGAGUGACAGUGAAGCUGAAUGUGAAGACGAUGAAGAAGAAGAUGAUGGAGAGAUGUAUCAGUGCUCGGUGUGUGGAAAUCACUAUACUAGCAUGCGUGCACUGCGAAGCCAUCUCAGAGGUCAUACUCAAACUCAUGGCGCACCUUCAGCAUGUGGCCCAUCAUCGUUGUCUUCUCUAGAGGUUAAGAAAGAUGAACCGAGUGAAAAUCAGCAGGGUGACUGCAGUCUGAUUAUCUGCAGCACUUGUGGAGAGAGCUUUACAAAGAAACAAGACCUACAAGCCCACCAGCUCUUGCAUAGCAAUAUAGAAAGUAAUCCACAAGAACAAUUUGUAACCAACCACCAGAAUGAGCUCAAACCAAAAGUGGAAAUGGAAAGUAUUAUUUGUGGGAAAUGUGGCAUAAGCUGCAACAAUAUUAAUCACCUCAAUAACCACAACUGCACAGGACAACGAGAUGGACAAGUGGAGGAGAAAUGUGGGGAGAAAUCACUUCUUAAAAGUACAUUUCAACGAGAACUUUUGCAGGCGAGUCCACAUGAUGGAGAGCGCCAGUACAAGUGUGACCAAUGUGGUCGUUCGUACAGACAUGCUGGAUCAUUACUCAAUCAUAAGAAGUCUCACAAAACUGGAGUGUUUCGCUGCUUCGUUUGCCAAAAGCGCUUUUAUAAUUUGCUGGCUCUCAAGAAUCACCAGAGGACACACUUUGAUGUUAAAAAGCAUAGAUGCACAGAAUGUGGGAAAGCAUUUAAAAUCUAUAAACAACUGUUGAACCACCAGAGGGUACAUCAGGAAAACAAGGCUAAGAUUGAAGAGCUCAACAAACAAAUUCAGACCCUCAUGCAGAUGAGUGGGAAUGCCUCAGGGAGUGGAAUGCAGGCACUUAAUUCCAGCAAAAAGAGAAUGAGCAGACGCCACAAGCGACGGCAGACCUCUAACAGUGAUCAGUCUAGCCAAGAAAAAGUGGGCCAGAUGGGAGAUCCCAGAGACCCUCGCCCUUUUGUCUGUGAUCAGUGUGGGCGAAGCUAUCGACAUGCAGGAAGCUUGGUCAACCACAAAAACUCACACAAGACAGGUGAAUAUUACUGUGCGUUGUGCAACAACACUUACUCCAACCAGCUAGCAAUGAAGAAUCAUUUGCGAAUACACUUUGCCGUCAAAAGACACUGCUGCCAAGACUGUGGGAAGGCCUUCAGGGGAAACAAACAGUUACUCAACCACACUUGUUUGACCAAUAAAAGAAAUGCAGCAGCAAGAGGAAAGGUCAGGGGCCACAAACGAGAAAAGAAUUUGACUUGCAAGCAGUGCCGUCUUGUAUUUCCAGAUACUGAACUACUUGAAGGACACACCUGUAGUAUAGAGACUGCCCCUGAUUCGGUCCCCCUAGGAAAUGUAGAUGGUGACAAUGAUGGUGCGGACCUAGAAAAAGAAGAACGACCAUUCAAGUGCAACAUUUGUAGUCGCAGUUACCGUCACGCUGGUAGCUUGUUGAACCAUAAGAACACUCACAAAACAGGCCAUUUCACCUGCACCUUCUGUGCCAAGCCCUUUUCCAAUCCCAUGGCUUUACGAAACCACACACGCAUUCACACGCAGAAGAAAAAGUAUGUCUGUCCUACUUGUGGUAAAGCUUUCCGUCUCUCUAGUAUCCUUUACAAUCAUCAAAAAAUCCAUACACGAGGAAUAACUCAUUACAGCUGCCAAACAUGUGGCAAAAGCUUCCAGGGAAAAUCUGGGCUAAAGAGACAUCGCUGUUACCGAAACGGCAAUCCAAACUCUACUGUAAAUCAAGACGGUGUGGACAAAUGCUAUACGUGUGAUCAGUGUGGACGCUCUUAUAGACAUGCCGGUUCCCUUCUUAACCACAAGAAGACUCAUUCCACUGACCUCCUACACUGCACUCUCUGCCUAAAAACAUUCACGGACCCUCUGGAUUUAGAGAGUCAUUCUCAAAUGGCUCGCCACUGCUGCCCAGAUUGCGGGAAAACCUUCUGUGAGUUUGCACACCUGCAGAGCCACAUGGAGGUGCAUAGUAAGGAACUCCCCUAUUACUGCAACAUAUGUCAACAGAACUUCCCAAACCUGGCUAGUUUUCAGCAGCACCAGGAGCUCCAUGGCGGCUUGCAGGGGCAGUCACACCAUGAGCAAGGUAUGCAGAUGCAGCAGGAUUUAGGCUGGGACUCGGCACUAGACCAGCAGAUAGGAAUUCAGAGCCUUCCUAAGAUCGAUUCAGCCUUCAGCCGAGAGCUGCAAGACCAGCAGGAAAGUAGCGAGGGAUACAGUAGGGAAGAGAAAAGUCAUGUGUGCGAGCACUGUGGGCGCACUUACCGCCACGCGGGUUCACUGCUCAACCACAAGAACAGCCACAAGACUGGCUCCUUCUUCUGCUCGGUCUGCCAAAAAGAGUUCACCAAUCUAAUGGCGCUGAAGAAUCACCGGCGCAUUCACACAGAACCCAAACGCUAUCAGUGCCUGGAGUGUGGCAAGGCCUUCCGGGUCUCCACCCAGCUUAUCUGCCACAGGCGCAUCCACACCAAAGAGAAGCCUUUCUCCUGCCUCCUUUGUGACAAGCGUUUCUCUAGCAAGUCCAACCUCCGGCACCAUCAGAAGAUGCAUCAGAAUACCCAACAGACUUAUGAGUCCUCCUUCAACAUGGAUGAUAAUGCAUUCAUGGGACUGGGUGUGGAACCUUUCCUCUAAGGCCACACUCCAAUCUUGCCGCUUCAAGGGAAGAUUUCAAAACAAUAUUCUAUUACAAGACUCUUUCUCCACCCAAGGCCCAAUGCCAAUAAUCGUACCACAUCAGGUUUUCUGCUGUACUUGUCCAGAUGGUGUCGCACACAGAUGCUAAUCUUGGCAAGACUUGCCUGCUUUACUGGGGUGUUUUCAAAUGUUGUUCUUUAAUGGACACUUAAGACUGGCAUUGAUAAAAUACUACCUCUGGUAGGGACAGUAAUACUGUAGACAUUUUAGAAUAAGUGACAGUGCCUGUCAGAGACCAUUUUAGGUUUUUAUUUUAUUUUGUUUGUUUUGUGUCCCCACACAGUGCACAAAUUGUUUGGUACUAUGAUAGGUCUCAGACUGAGAGCUUGGAUGAGUAUUUCUGUCCAGACUCUUACCUAGUGCUGCCUUCAAGAGCCUGACCGAUUAUUUGGCGUAAUCAGAGGGGGAACAAAACAAGCUGUUAUGGUCUUUUUUUUUAAAAGGUAUUAUGGGAAUAAAAGGGAUACAUGCUAUCCUUCUCAUUAUGUUUGUAUUAAGUGCUUCCAUAUUUUCAGGUUAUUGUACUGCUCAUGGUAGAUGUGCUGUAAUUGUCUCAUUAAGACCAACAUACUCUUGAUGUUCCUGCAGUUUCAUAAUGGAUGACACUGGUAAGGCUGUUAAACAGCAACCUUCACUAAGGCCUGUCUUGUAGAAAAUCUCAAAGAUAUUUAUUUAUUUAAAUAGAACUAUUUAUACCUAACAUUAAUAUUUGAAGUGUAAGCAUAUUUCUUGUCUUUAAUACUGUUAAAUGUGGUACACAUUAUGCAUGGUAUUAAAUGUGUGAUAAAUGCUAGAUUGGUCGAUUAUGUAGGUAUUCUAGAUAAUGGUUGUAAACACUUAAGAAAUACCUCUUUAAAAGCAUUCACAAGAGCGUAUUUGAAAGUACAACA